AUAUGCACAAACCUCACAUACCUCGGCAAACGAGGGGUGUACACGCUUACCAGUGGCGUUAAAAUAGCCUAUUUAAGUGGCGUGGAAUCAGCUGGUGCUGCAGAUUCAGCUAAGUCAAACCACGAGUUCACUAAAUCUGAUAUUUUUGCCGUGAGAAAUUCGUGCUUGGUGUCGAAGAACUGCUCCACCGAGUACAGAGGAGUGGACGUACUUCUCACAUCGCAAUGGCCAUACGGGAUGCAGGAGAAUGCGAAUGAAACAGCAUCCAAGCUGAUAUCGUUCCUCUGUCGGGAGAUCAAGCCACGCUAUCAUUUUUGUGCCAUCAACGGCACCUACUUUGAGUGCCCGCCAUUUCGUAUGCCAAAAGACGAGACCACGCAGUUUGAGCUCUGUACCCGAUUCAUCUCACUAGCUGAUGUGGGAAACAGUGAAAAGGCAAAAUAUAUACAUAUACGCGCUCAGCCUAAAACCUGUCGACAAGUCCCGACUGCUUGAUCUGGUGCAGAAGACAGCUAAUGAAAUUCCGUGUCCCUAUGCUGGGCUAGAUUUGUGCGGAACCGUCGACAAGAAUGACACAUCGGAAACCCGCCAAUAUUUUUACGAUAUGGAAAAAAAGAAAUCAAAGGGACAGCGUGGCUAUGGGAAAAAGCGGCGUAUGCAAGAAUUGAACCAGGAUAAAUGCUGGUUCUGUUUAUCAUCGCCCGAUGUAGAAAAGCAUCUCAUUAUUACUAUCGGCGAACGUUUCUAUCUGGCCCUGCCCAAGGGUUCAAUUAACAGAUACCAUGUCAUGAUAUUGUCUACAAAGCAUCUGCCCUGCGCAGCACAACUAACCACUGAGGAUUGGGAGGAGCUGGACAAAUUUAAAAACGCCUUGCGAAAGUUCUUCAAAACCAUCAGUCAAGUGGUGUGCUUUACGGAACGCCAUUACAAGUCGUUCCACCUACAGAUCAAUGUGCUCGGCUUCGGAGAAGGUUAUGCAUGGAAGAUAAAGCAUAGUUUUGAGGUCAAAGCAGAGGAAUUCAAUCUUCAAUUUGAAACGCUACCGGCAUUAGAUUCUCCGAAAAUGUUACCAGAAAUAGGACCUUAUUUUCUGGCCGAGCUCCCCGAUGAUAGCACGCUCAUUACACGGCAGAUGAAUCACUUCCCGCUGCAUUUCGCAAGGGACGUUUUCUGUUCGGAGAAUCUUCUUAAUUGUGACGAAAAAGUCAACUGGAAGGAAUGCCUUCUCGAGAAAGACGAAGAGACGACUUAUGUUUCAGACAUUUGACUUCACUGUCUAAGUGUUUAUAUUAAAAGAAUGUAGGUAUAAUAAAGUUAUAAUAUCGUUUGUAA